GCCUGUGCGCCUGCGCAGUGCAGUGCAGUGCGGUGCCGGGCCGGAGGGUGCCGGGCAGGGGCUGCUGUCGCCGCCGCCAUGAGCGGGACGCUGGCUAAGAUCGCGGAGAUAGAGGCCGAGAUGGCCCGCACGCAGAAGAACAAGGCCACGGCGCAUCACCUGGGGCUGCUGAAGGCGCGGCUCGCCAAGCUGCGCCGGGAGCUCAUCACCCCCAAGGGCGGCGGCGGCGGCGGCCCCGGAGAAGGUUUUGAUGUCGCCAAAACGGGUGAUGCCCGGAUCGGUUUUGUGGGCUUCCCGUCAGUGGGCAAAUCAACUCUGCUGAGUAAUUUGGCUGGUGUGUACUCGGAGGUGGCGGCGUAUGAGUUCACGACGUUGACCACGGUGCCUGGGGUCAUUCGAUAUAAAGGAGCAAAGAUACAGCUUCUUGAUCUCCCAGGAAUUAUUGAGGGAGCUAAGGAUGGGAAAGGGAGAGGUCGACAAGUCAUUGCAGUUGCUCGAACAUGUAACCUAAUUCUGAUUGUUCUGGAUGUGCUAAAGCCCUUGGGACACAAAAAGAUCAUUGAGAAUGAGCUGGAGGGCUUUGGAAUACGACUGAAUAGCAAGCCCCCCAACAUUGGCUUUAAGAAGAAAGAUAAAGGAGGCAUCAAUCUCACAGCCACUUGCCCACAGAGUGAGCUAGAUACUGAAACAGUGAAGAGCAUCUUAGCAGAGUACAAAAUUCACAACGCUGAUGUCACGCUGCGGAGUGAUGCUACUGCAGAUGACCUCAUUGAUGUGGUUGAAGGAAACAGAGUUUAUAUCCCGUGUAUUUAUGUGCUGAAUAAAAUUGACCAGAUUUCCAUUGAGGAACUAGAUAUCAUUUACAAGGUACCUCACUGCGUACCAAUCUCUGCUCAUCACCGUUGGAAUUUUGAUGAUCUGUUGGAGAAAAUUUGGGACUACUUGCAACUAGUGCGAAUCUAUACUAAACCUAAAGGACAGUUACCAGACUACACCUCUCCUGUGGUGCUGCCUUACUCCAAGACCACAGUGGAGGAUUUUUGCAUGAAGAUACACAAAAAUCUCAUUAAAGAUUUUAAGUACCACAGACCAGCAAACCCUCUGGAGACUGGAAAGGAAAGCAUGCUCUUCAGCUCAGAGAAGGCAUUUCUCUACACAUCAAGUGGUUGACUGAAGAAUAUACUGAAAAGCAGACUAAGCCACAACAAACUAAAAAUCUUACCAUGUCUAGAUCAUACCACACAACCUGAUGUUUCCAGGAAAACAUUGGCACGCCAAGCCUUGGCAGGAUGCAAGUCAACUAUACCAGUUUCUCAGCCUGUGGUAAACACACCCCUGGGGGUACGCAAGACAAGCAGGGGGUAUGUAGGUACCCCAACACACUCUCCCUCACCUUUUCCUCUCAAAAUUAGGGCCAAAAAAGUUGGUGCGUUGUGCAUUGCGCUGCACUUUAAACUCCCCAGUAAUAAUUUGGCGUGCCACACUGUGUGGCACUGGGUUCAGCCCUCCUAGCUUUGGCCAACAUCACCUCUAGCCCAGGUACAUACUUGAGUUGUGCACCCUUGGUGUAAAAGGUGACAACCCACCCCCACCAGAUCAGACAUCUGUCAUACCACAGCCUUGUAUACACAGCCCUUCUUCCAAGACAUUAGUCUGUAAAUAUAAAAUCCCCUGGAAAAUUGAGUGUUGGGGUACUUAUUAACAUUUUCAGAAGUCAGGGGGUACUUGUUACUUAAGAUGUUGAAAAAUACUCAAUUAUACUACGCUAUGUAUA